AUGGGGAGUUUCGAAGUUGAGAGAAAAACAAGAGGAUUGGCAGCCACAAACCCUUCUGGGAUUCUCUCACCUUAUACAUACACUCUCAGGAGCACAGGCCCUGAAGAUGUAUUUGUGAAAGUGAUUUGCUGUGGGAUUUGCCAUACUGAUAUUCAUCAAGUCAAAAAUCAUCUUGGCAUGUCCAAUUAUCCCAUGGUUCCAGGUCAUGAGGUGGUAGGUGAGGUUGUAGAGGUGGGAUCCGGUGUGACCAAGUUCACGGCCGGAGAUAUAGUCGGAGUUGGCUGUAUCGUCGGAUGCUGUGGAAAUUGUCAGCCGUGCAAAUCGGACAUUGAACAAUACUGCAACAAGAAGAUUUGGUCCUACAAUGAUGUCUACACUGAUGGAAAUCCCACUCAAGGGGGAUUUGCUGAUGCAAUGGUGGUUAAUCAAAACUUCGUGGUAAAAAUUCCAGAGGGUAUGGCGGCAGAACAGGCGGCGCCACUACUUUGCGCCGGGGUGACAGUAUACAGCCCAUUAAAUCAUUUUGGGCUAAAAAAGAGUGGGCUAAGAGGGGGCAUUUUAGGGCUUGGAGGGGUUGGACAUAUGGGAGUCAAAAUUGCAAAGGCUAUGGGCCACCAUGUUACUGUAAUAAGCUCUUCAAUGAAGAAAAAAGAGGAGGCAUUGGACCAUCUUGGGGCUGAUGAUUACCUGGUCAGCUCGGAUUCAACUCGGAUGCAAGAACUGGUUGACUCGCUAGAUUACAUAAUUGACACAAUCCCAGUUUUUCAUCCUUUGGUGCCUUACCUUUCUCUGUUGAAAGUUGAUGGAAAGUUGAUAUUGAUGGGCGUUAUCAAUACUCCUUUGGAGUUCCUCACCCCGUUAGUCAUGCUCGGUCGAAAAAGUAUCACGGGAAGCUUUGUUGGUAGCAUAAAGGAGACAGAGGAAAUGCUUGAAUUCUGCAAGGAGAAGGACAUUACUUCAACUAUUGAAGUUGUCAAAAUGGAUUAUAUCAACACUGCCUUCGAAAGGUUGGAAAAGAACGAUGUGAGGUACAGGUUUGUCGUCGAUGUUGCCGGCUCCAAACUAGAUCAUUAA